AUGGAGGAGAAAACUUGAGGAGCCAGCCAACUGCACAAGAGACUCCUGAUUUCCACUGACCACCGAGACAAUCAUCAAUGGCGGGCGUAUCGCUCAAGUGCGGCGAUUGCGGGAGUCUGCUGAGGUCGGUGGAGGAAGCCCAAGAGCACGCCGAGCUCACCUCCCACUCCAACUUCUCUGAGUCAACCGAAGCUGUUCUCAACCUCGUCUGCUCCUCUUGCGGCAAACCAUGCCGAUCCAAAACCGAAAGUGAUUUGCACACCAAAAGAACUGGGCACACCGAGUUUGUUGAUAAGACUGCGGAUGCAGCUAAACCGAUAAGUUUGGAGGUUCCAAAGGUGAGUCCUUCAGGGUCCGAUGAGGCUGUUGGUGCAAGUAGCCAUGCGGCAGAAGAAAUGGUCGUUCCAGAGGUUGACAAAAAGCUGCUUGAGGAACUUGAAGGAAUGGGCUUUUCAACAGCGCGGGCAACCCGUGCACUUCACUAUUCUGGUAACGCGAGCUUGGAGGCUGCUGUCAAUUGGGUAGUUGAACAUGAGACUGAUCCGAACAUAGAUGAAAUGCCUUUGGUACCAAUCAACAGCAAAGUUGAGGCUCCAAAACCUUCUCUCACGCCAGAACAAUUGAAAGCCAAGCAACAAGAGCUUAGGGAGAAAGCUCGCAAGAAGAAAGAAGAAGAAGAGAAGAGAAUGGAAAGAGAGAAAGAAAAGGAGAGGAUUCGAGUGGGCAAGGAACUCCUAGAAGCGAAGAGAACAGAAGAAGACAAUGAAAGAAAAAGGAUUAUUGCUUUGCGAAAAGCAGAGAAAGACGAAGAGAAAAGAGCUAGGGAAAAGAUUCGUCAAAAGUUGGAGGAAGAUAAGGCAGAGAGGAGGAGGAAACUUGGGUUGCCAGUAGAGGAUCCUUCAACUGCAAAACCUGCUGCACCUGUUGUGGAAGAGAAAAAGAGCUCAUUGCCUAUAAGGCCUGCCACAAAAACAGAGCAAAUGAGAGAAUGUUUGCGAUCUCUCAAGCAGAAUCACAAGGAGGACGAUGCAAAAGUGAAGAGAGCAUUCCAGACUCUUUUAACUUUUGUAGGGAAUGUUGCCAAAAAUCCUAAUGAGGAGAAAUUUAGAAAGAUUCGACUCACUAACCCAUCUUUCCAGGAAAGGGUUGGCUCGCUAAAAGGCGGCGUCGAGUUUCUUGAGUUGUGCGAGUUUGAGAGGAUGGAAGGGGGCGAGUUCUUGUUUCUUCCCAGGGACAAGGUUGACAUGGCAGUGCUGAACUCAGCUGGGUCUGAGCUCGACUCUGCAAUCAAGAAUCCAUUUUUCGGUGUUCUUUAAGUUAAAAAGAUUGAUGUUUGGAUUUGUUUAUUACAGUACCAAUUUGUCCAUGAUUAAAAUAUGGUUUACUGCUAAAAAUUUGCUUAUCAUAAUAAACCUAAGACGGUUACCAACUAACUUUUGGUCCAGCGUAUAUUUCUCUUCUUGAAAUUGGAAGGUGUCCCAAACUCGAA